ACAGUUCGCGAAAUUUUCUCCGUCGCUCAAUAGAACAACGCGUGCGCUUUUCUUCGGCAAAAGUCGAUAGCUACCCUAAUAGUACUUGUACAGGGGUGUGUUGCUUGACGGUGAGAGUCUACUUUUUACUGUCAUUAUCGAGUGAUAUGUGCUUAUAAAAACGUAAUAUAAUACAAAUCAUCAUUCCCACAAUCUGUUAAUAUUAAUUUAUCGUUAAAUAAAGGAAUGUAAAGAAAAUAUUAAAUCUCACGGUGUUUAAUCUUAAAGAAAUGAAUGGAAGCUAGAUGAAGCUUAAUAACUGCUUAGAAAAAUGUAAAAAAUUAAACGAGACAUAAGCAAGAGAAUAUUAAAGGAUCAUCCUUCGUUUACUUUACUUGAAUUAUAGAUGAAAGAUUUAGAUUUAAUAAUGAAUAAUUCGGAUUGUGCGUCGUGCACCCUCGAACCGCCACCCGACAUUCUCCAUAUACCACCACCUCCGUUUCCAACUGUUCUGCAACAAGGCUCCGAUUUCUAUUUACAUGCGGAUUUGUUAUCGUUUUUACCGCAUCUGAACAACAGCCCAUGCAAACAUUUCUGCGAUCGGCGAUCCGAAGGGGUGCAAUAUAUAGAAAUGCCUCAACAAGGUACAGUGUUUGAUGACACGUGGUUAUUGGUUUUAAUAUCAUCUUGCGUCGGUGUAAUUUUUAUAGGCAUAAUAUUAGCAACGUUAUUCUUAAAGUGCAAAUUUAAUAGAAGUGGUAAAAGCAGCGUGAUUUCCAUACCAAACGUAACAUCUGGCAUACAAACAAAAAUGGGAAGAAUUCAAAACGAAGCUGUGCUUUAUCCUUGCACGACUGACGCUAUGCAAGACAGUCGCGUUAUGUGGGCUACACUUACACCCCGUGGUACUACCAGACACUAUUUAGAAGAACAUACUUAUGAAACGAUCGGCGCUGGACAAUUUCAUAAACGUACCUGUUCAACUACACCAACUGAACAUGUAAAACUUAAGACUUACGCAGAUCCGCCGGUCACUCUGCCGAUUCAGAGUCAGCUGAAGGACGAUGAAGCAUUCGAUAAUACCGCAUUCGUAGAUUAUGAAGAACCUUUAACAAAAUCUGAUUACUAUCAACUUAAUGAUACUUGGGAAUCAAAUGAUCUAGGUAUGCAAAAAGGUACAUCACGUCCGCGCGUCAGCUCACCAACAAGAAUUGAACACCCAAAUUUGCCACCGCUUAAUCUUUAUCCUCAUAAACAUUCGUUUCGCAAAAAUUCUGCUGGGCCACAAGCUUCGGAUACGCUUCUAAGAAAUAGUAUUACAUCGUCUACGUACAUUCCUACCAUAUAAAUCUUAUUAUCGUAUUUCAUCGCACUUAAGGAUUUCUAUCGUAAGCAACGUAACAGUACAUUUUAUAUGCAUUAUCUACAUACUCAAUUAUUCUAAAUGACAUAAGUGAAAUGAAAUAAUUUAGUUAAAUCCAUCCAACUUUUUUUCAUCUAGAAAUUACGAAUAUAGUCAUGUGAUUAGGAUUAUGCAUGUUUAUAUACAUUACGAUAUAUACAUGUAAAAUUUAUACUAUGAUAAAUGAAAAAGUUAGAAGAAAUUGAAAGAUCAGUAUUAUUUUAUUGUAAAUUCCUAUAUACCUUAAUAUCCUAUCCAUAAAA